AUGCAAGUGGGAAGGGAGGGGACUCCAGGUGUUGGCAGACAAUUCCACCAUCCCGAGCGGCAGAGGAAGGUAGUCGUGGCGCUGUACGACUACAAUGCUACAGACCCCGGAGACCUGUCGUUACGGAAACACGAUGAGUUGGAAGUGAUUGAAGACACACAGGAGCACUGGUGGAAGAUGAGGAACAUUCAGACAGGGCUUGAGGGCUUCGCACCUAGCAACUAUGUCAGAGAACGUGGAACAAUGGGCUUACAGCAGUACGAGUGGUAUCUAGGAGACGCCACUAGACAGCGGGCAGAAGUGCUUCUAAUGCAGCAAGAGCGAGAAGGUGGUUUUGUCGUCAGGAAUUCCACUACUAACUCUGGGAUUUACACUUUAUCUGUCUUCUCUAAACAGUCUCACCCUCAAGUGAAACACUACCAUAUAAAGAAGGACCAAGAAGGAAACUACUAUCUCUCGCAUAACAUCAAGUGCCAGACUAUACCCGACUUGAUCUUCCGACACCAGCACAACCCAGGAGGCUUGUGUGCCAGACUCAGGCCUCCUGUGCAAGGCAAGCAGGCACCCACCACUGCAGGUCUUAGUCAUGACAAAUGGGAAAUUGAUCCAAAUGAGCUGAAUCUCCUGGAGGAAUUAGGGUCAGGUCAGUUCGGUGUGGUGAGACAUGGUAAACUACGGUGCCUAGACGUGGCUGUGAAGAUGAUGAAGGAAGGAACAAUGAGUGAAGACGAGUUUAUUGAAGAGGCAAAAGUCAUGACGCAACUGCGGCACACCAACUUGGUCCAGCUAUAUGGUGUAUGCAGCAGACACCGCCCCAUCUAUAUUGUCACAGAGUACCUACGACACGGCUCAUUGCUACACUAUCUACGUGCCAAUGAGAGAAGCUUAAUUAACAACACUGAUGUACUAUUAGACAUGUGCUUGCAGGUUUGUGCUGGUAUGGCCUAUUUAGAGAAGCAAAAAUUUAUCCACCGUGAUCUAGCAGCAAGAAAUUGUCUUGUUGGAGCACAGAAUGAGAUCAAAGUAGGAGAUUUUGGUCUUGCUCGGUAUGUCGUUGAUGACGAAUAUACAGGUUCUGGUGGUGCCAAGUUUCCGAUCAAAUGGGCGGCACCUGAAGUAUUAAACUUCAUGAGAUUUUCGUCAAAGUCAGAUGUGUGGGCAUUUGGUGUGCUGAUGUGGGAGGUGUUCACAUGUGGGAAAAUGCCAUAUGGACGGAUGAAAAAUGCAGAGGUAGUGGAAAUGGUCCAGAAUGGACGAGUUCUGGAACAACCAAGAUUUUGCCCAGAUUAUGUGUUUAGUGUUAUGCGACAAUGCUGGAUUCCGACUGCUGAGAUGCGGCCCUCGUUCAGUGAUAUAGGUAGAAGUUUCCCCGAUGAAUGACUUGCAUCAAGUGUCUUACCCCCUCCUCCUCCAGCUCACACCUGACAUGACACCGCCUCUUGAAAAGGAGACGAAACCUAGUAGUCGAGGUUUUAGUAAUUUUUUUUUUUUUUGUAAUAUAUUAUUGUGAGAAACACUGAUUUUUUUACAAAUUUUCUUGUGAAAAAUAUUAAGCUACUUUGGAGUGUCAGUGUCCAAAAGAGGUAAAAGGUUUUUAUACAAAUGAAUGCAUGUGAUAAUGAACUGUUAAAAGAUCUUAAUACCUAAGGUCUUCUAAUAUUAUGUGGAAUUGAACAAAAUAUUUUUUCUGCUCUAAACAGUGUCCACAGUUUAUGAACAUUUCAUCCAGAUCAUACAAUAAAUUUGUGCAAGCUUUCUGGAUGGAAAUUUGCAAUCUUUAUCAUGACAAUUGAUUCUGAUGGCUUAAAAGACAUUCACCUGGAGAGAAUCUCUCACAUUGUUGAUGGUGUUCUCCUGAAAGAGAUGUUUGCAGGAACUACGUUCAAUCUACAGAGAGUUUCAGAGAAUGUAUAUUCUCUAGUAGGUUGAAAAAUGGGACUGUCAGAGAAAUCAUUUUGAAGAAAAAUGGAAGUUAUCAGAAGGAUGCAGACGUUAACAGAUGUGUAUGAAGUUGAGUUGACUAUAAUAUGUAGAAGAUAUUAUUAUGGUACAUGGACUAUCCUACACAGGGCUGAAGGCAAGUACAAGAAAAGUUGAACUUAAGAAAAAGUUGCAAUAUUCUCAACGUACUUAAAGAUUGUACUAAAUUUAAGAACUUCCUAUUAAGGAAGAAUUAUUUAUUCUGAAAGGUAAAUUAUGCUUACCUUGCUCCAUAACAGUAAUUGAGCCUGUUUGUGUACCAUUUCUUUACAUGUGUAUCGAAAAGUCAUAUCUGUUAUUUAACAAAAAUGCCAAUUUAUUCAUAUCAAUGCUUCCAAAGUUUUAUUAUGUUGAGGAAGGCAGGGCAAAUGUUGGACACAGAGGUGGUGCUGGCUUUGUCAGUCAUUACUCAGUUUAGAAAUUAAGGGACCAGUGAGUGAGCACUUACGUUAUGUUGUAUUCAAGUGGAUGCGUUAUCCCCACCUUUUGACGGUGGACUAGAUAACAUUUUGAUAUUAGUUUAAGCCAUUCAUUGUUAAAGCUAUGUAUAGUACAGUAUCAGUAACUUGCAAAAUUAGUUCUUGCAUCCAAGUUCCUGUAUUUGGCUUUGAAAUAAUUAAAAUUUGGUGAAUAUGUAUUUUGUAUAAUGUUAUCUAGUUGACUUAUAUACUUCAUACUUGUAAGAGCCAAUAUGAAUCACUAAUAUAGUUGGGUUCACAGUUAAGAACAUUGUGUGUCAAUUAGGUAGUAAACUGUUGCAUUCUUAGUGGUGACAUAUAGUUUGAGCUCAGACAAGCCACCAUUAAGUAGUACAAUUUGAGUACUUAGUGACCUUGAGGUAAGCAAGCUAAUUUAUUUGUCCAUCCUUUUGCCAUGUCUUGGGUCUGAGGUCAAAACAAACUUGGUAGAGUUUGUAAUGUAUCAUAAUUUUUAUAUGUACCAUACUCAUUCACUGAAUGCUAUUCAAUCUUUUUAAAGUAUUUUGCAUUUUUAUAUUGGUAUUUGUGGUGAAAGUUUAAGUGUAGAUGACAUGCAUAUUGUACUGCUUGUCUGGUAAUGUUUUUUUAUAAACAUUAAAAAUCAAAAUGACACUAUAAUAUACAGAGUAGAGUACUUCCUAUCUCUUUGUUAGGUGGAGAGACAACAGAUUGAAAUACUCAAGCAUGUUGGCCACUUUUUUAUCAUAAUAUGCUGAGCCUCUUUAUAAGAUUCUUUCAGGAGAAAUGGAGUAACUGAAGUGUGACAUAAGAUGCAGUUGUAAAGUUCUUUUCCUUGAAGUUUGUUAAAAUGUUAAAGCAAUGGCACUGAGAAAAAGUAAAGCAUCUUAGAAUAGGUAAAGAGUUUCAGUGCAGAUUCUUAUGUUUUAUGUAAUAUUUUACAUGUACUGCAAUAUUUAUCUAGUCUGAUAAGAAAUUUACAUUGUUAAUUAAAAUUAAAUUCUUAAAAUGAUCUUUACAAAUGUCAGUGAGAUUGAAGUCAAGUUGUAAUGCAGUAUUUAAUUGUAGGAAUCCUAUAGGAUGUCCAUAAUUCGUUAUUUAGGUCUUAGCUGAGCAGUGUCUUCUAUUUAUAGAAAGUAUUAUAAAAUCAUAUUGUCUGUGAUUUAUGAUAUUGGUAAGAGUGUAGGAAUAAUGUGGUAAUGCGAAGCGCAUGCACGCACACGCACAGUCUUUUUCUUGUGGUUAUACACACGUACAUUCUUUCAAUGUUAGAUUAGUAUUUACAAUGUUACAACGGAACUUAAGAAUGGUGUGCCACUUCUUUGUAGACUAAUAUUUUUUUUAUAAUUUUUUUCUGUAUAGUACAAUUACUUGGUUCUUUAUUUUCUUUGGACUAGUCCUUCCAUAUCUGGAUAAACCCACUUGCAGGAAAAAAAUGUUUCUUCUCACUUAUAUUAUGACUGCAAUUAAAAAUAUUCGCUGGAAGCUUAAUAAAAGUACUAUGGUAACUUCUUUAAUAAAACAUCUUAGACACAAAACUACAAUAACUCAAAGUGCCUAGAUGAGUUCGUAUUGCUGUGUUUAUUGUUGGUAUGACAUAUAGCUUGAUUACUUGGCAUAUUUAUAACACUGCUCGGCUCACUAUACUAUCCCUAACAUUUUGUUGUAUUUAAUUACUAAUUCUCUUACAUUAUAUUUUAUAUUUUAUAUAUAUAUAUAUAUAUAUAUAUAUAUAUAUAUAUAUAUAUAUAUAUAUAUAUAUAUAUAUAUGUAAAACAUAAUACAGUGCAGUAAUUUCAAUAUUAUUUGCAUGGUGCAAAGCAGGUGAAAAAGAGGCCUUACAGAUAACAAGGAAUUAUCUAUAUUUCCAUUCUUUUUAUUAGUUUCAAAUAGAACAUAAACAACUACAUUGCGAGGCUACUCUUGUGCAUUCACCUUGCUCAAAAAUUCAAGUUUUCAGAAAAAAAACUAGUCUUUCCAUGGAUUCUUAUUUUCACGGAGAAUGUUCCCAGUAUUUUCUCUGCUCGCAUCCAUUUCAUAAUUCUUAAAAAGCACAAAAUACAAAGUGCAAACACAUCUUAUAAUCAAAGUUGUUAAAUAUUGACCAAUCAGGAAGAACAACACUGGCAACAAUCCCUCACAUUUUGGGAUUAUCCAUUUAGUAUUCUCCUGCAUGCUCAUUCACAUGUACUAUGCGUUAAUAUGCAAACCCAUUUUUAACACGAAUAUACGUACUAUACAGUAUUGACAUACUACUAUUAUACAAGUCAAAUUGGGCACAAUAUUGGUAUUAAAUAUAUAAUGGGUUCAGCACAUCAUGACAUUGAAGUGACAUAUUACUAUGCAAUUUUUAUAAAACACUGUCCUUUUCACACCAGCAUUUUCAGUUAGCAGCAGUCUGCCUUGGUUGCAUCAUCCUCAAUGUCUCAGAUACCAGAGUUUGUAAUAACUUGUGGAAUCCUGAGUCACAUAUCGUGCGAUGGUAAAGAAAUAGUAUUACAGUACAGUAUUUUAAUUGCUUAGUAUAAUUAUUGAAAAAUUCUUAAUAUUGGUAAUAUAGUAUUCAGAAAUGUAGUCGUUAGUCUGUUAAAACAAAACAAAAAAAUACUAAAUUAGUAUCAUAACUCAUUAUUUAUCUGAUAUCAAGCUCAAUUUCAUCUUGAUAUCUAAUAGAAGUUGUUCUUUUAAGAGUGCACGAGUUUGUGAAAAUUAUUUUUAAUUACACACAGGAUAGUUUGUUGUUAUAAAUGCUACAUAUCAAGGUGCACAUAAAUUAUGUUUAGUGACAAAGGUUAAAACCUUUCUUUGUGACCCACCUUCACACCUUGUACAAUAAUUACAGUUCAGUUAGUGUUCCUUUAUGUGGCACAGUGUUGUUGAUAGUGCUGUACAUGGUCACAACAAGCAAAGUCAUGACAGUUGUUAAAAAAAAAAAUUGCAUUUGGUAAAGUUUAUUGUCAGGUAGUACCCUAUAGUCAUUCUGGCUUAGUGUUUUCUUUUGAUAAUUACUUGGUCAUUGUGCAAACAUUCACUUAGUAUUAUUUCAAAUUUACUACAUUGCAGUAAUAAUUAGCUUUUCUUGCUGAGUUACAGAUUCACAAAUUGCAUUUUAUGUCACAUUUUUCAACUUCCACAGACAGUAUUGUGCACAAAUUGCUACUCCUGUGAAAUAGCUCAAACUUCCUCAAAUUCUCACAGUUGGCAUAACUGGAGUGAAUGUUAAGCAAUGUUAUCUCUAGCAACCAUUUAACUUGUUUCCUAAGAAUCAUACAAAAUUGCAAAGUACUUCUUUCCUAUUCCCAGAUAGCAUUACUGUUUCCUGAUAAGCUUGGCAUUCCAGGUUCGAAUAAUCAAUAGACGAUAUUCAGCCAUGGUGUACUUAGUGAAGAUGUAUGGCCUAAUGCAUAAGGAUGGUAAAUGCCAAAAAGUAUUUUUUUAUACAUAGAAUUAGGAUAUUAUGGUGAUAUCAAUAUUCAGUGGAUAUGUUUAAGUGAUUUUUGUAAAAAUGUACAGUAUAUGAAUUUUAAAUAUUGCAUUAUCUUUCGGCUGUCACUAUCAAAAUUAACAUAACCAUUAAUAAAAGAGUAUAUAUAUA